CGACAACCCAUCAACACGGCAGCGGGCAGUCUGGAACCAGGACGACUCGCGCCAUCCAAACACAAAACCAAGCACACAAGGCCCGCCGUCACAUCCGUGUGUGUGGCCAGACAGACAGAAAAGAGCAUGGAACCAUCACAAGAGCAAGAACAAAACGGCGGCGGUGGCGGCCAAAGCCCAGCCCAAGCCAACAGCACCACCACUCCUCCCGCACCCACCCCCAUCUUCGAGCCCCAAGACCUCAGCACCUCCCCCCCAACCUUCACGCUCCCCUCCGAAACCUGGACCUCCCUCCUCAGCAGCGCCGUAGCCUUCGAGCCCCACUACUUCGUCCGCGUAAUGGCCAACCUAAUCCAGCACCCGGAAAUCGCGUCAACCUAUCUCUUCCGCGCCGAGAUCCUGUACGACAGCUUCCAUGACCCCGAGGGCACGUUUCUAAGGCAUGUGAAGAGGGAGUUCUUGCCGCGCGCGAGGGAGAUUGAGGGCUGGGAACGUACGCAGGUGAUUGUUAGGCGCAUGGUGCCGAGGAAUCCGGCCAGGGAUCGGGAGUUGGUGCAGACUUGUGCGGUGUUUAGACGGGUUGGGAAGAAGGAGGGGGAGGAGGAGAAUUUGGUGCUUUAUUGGCCGCAUGUCGAUGCGCCGGAGGAGGUCCCGUUUUAUCACCCGACGGUGCAAGCGCUCGCGUUCUUGCAUGUCUGGCGUCCCCACCAACAAGACCACCACAACCAAAACCAAGCCCCCGGCACGCUAAGCAUCCACUACCACCUCUUCCCCACACAAGCCCUAACCACACGCCUGCAGCGCACGGCGCUGGCGCUCCUGACCCUGAUAAACAAGCACAGCGAGGGCCAGAAGCGCGGCUACACGAAGCGCGUGCACCACGACCAGCUGGUCCCGCAGGCACGCUUCCAGGACACGUAUACCCGCCUCAAGGCCGUGUAUGCGAAGGCGCUGAUUCAGGGCUGGGUCGAGCAGACGCCCCCUGGCAAACAUGUUUUUGAGGAUUUGGGCAUUGCGGCGUUCUUGAUUGAGUUGUGGCGCGGGAUGUAUGAGUUGGGCGGUGCGGGUGAGGGUGAGGGUGAGGGUGGAGAGGGGAAAGAGGAAGCGAAAAAGAAACCCCCCUUCCCGGGCUUCGUCGACAUCGGCUGCGGCAACGGCGUGCUCGUGCACGUGCUGCUGAGCGAGGGCUUCCGCGGCUGGGGCUUCGAUGCCCGGCGGCGCAAGACGUGGGAUACGUUUCCUGCCGCCUCGCAAACUUGCCUCAAGGAAAUGGUCUUGGUUCCUGAGGUGCUUACGCAGAGCCUCUCUUCCUCCUCCACUAGUACCUUCACCUCCACAACCACACCCGCUACCACAACACCCACCACAACAUUGUCGUCCCUCCUCAACGCCAACGCCCCUGAAAACACAGACGCAACCAAAGACGCAUACGCAGAAUCGGAACUCUUCCACAACGGCAUCUUCCCCCCCGGCACCUUCGUCAUCAGCAACCACGCAGACGAACUCACGCCUUGGACCCCGCUGCUGGCGUCGUUGUCUGGCUCGCCCUUCCUCGCUAUCCCGUGCUGUAGCCAUAAUCUUGCUGGUGCGAAGUUCCGGGCACCGGCACAGAAAGCCGCAGAGGGCAAAGGUGGGGCUAAGGGCGAAGGUGAGGGCGAGGGCAAAGGCGCAAAAUCCGGCUCUUUGAAACAACUUAAACAGCCCUCGGCCUACGCCUCGCUGUGCGAUUGGGUCGCGCGCCUGGCGGCUGAUGUGGGGUAUCUGCCUGAGAAGGAGAUGCUGCGGAUUCCGUCGACGCGGAAUGCGGGGAUUGUGGGGCGUGUGGGCGGUGGGGGGCGGGCGGGCGGUGAAAGAGGGGAGUUAAACGAGGACGAGAGAAAAGAGCGUGUGCGCGCGUUGCUGGUGAGGGAAAUGGCCGGUUUGGUGGCUGCCGGAGAGAGCGGUCCGUUGGACAACGUGGCGAGGGAGUGGGUUCAGCGGGCUGGGAAGCUGGUUCGGGGGCAGGGGGGCGGGCAUUGAGUUAGGCAGUGAGGUUUUUGUGCUGGGA